UCUCCACGCCUCCGAUUACAUUGCUUCGGGGAUCACUGUUACAAAAAGGCCAAGCUCAAGCAAAACCCUAGCUCAUUUAUCUUCCGAUAGCUAGAUCGAUCAAAGAAACAUUUUGCUCCAUUCAAUGCUCUAAUUUCUUUGUCCGCUUUGAGAUCUUGCGGUUGGAUAAUGCCGGUUUCCACCCGGGGGCAAAUCUCGGCGUGCCGCGAUGGGUUGGCAUCGGCAUGUCAAGAUCGCGAGGGGCAGCCGGAGAGGGCGCGGCUCCUCCGAGAUCCGCACCGCGGCCUCCGCGACAAGCUGAGGGCGCUCACCCUCAUGUACGAGCAGCAGAGAAGCCAUGCGGCAGCAAGGACGACGGGCAGCAGCAUCGAGUCACGCGUCCUCGCUUCCCACCACCCCAGCGUGGAGCUGGUGGACUCCGGUCGUCGCAGGUGGAAGAUGGAGAAUGAAAUACCUCAUGAGCCAGAGGAUCGAGAGCCGAUCAGACCGGAGAUCAAGAACCACAUUGUGUUCCCGGAAUCUGAGGCCGCGAAGGAGAACCGCGAGGUCCGUGACCAGAACAGGAUCAUCGUGUUCUCGUCUUCCAGUCCCAACAAGGUGACAGAAGUGACCUCAGGCGCUGAGGAGGUAGCAGCCAGGAAGCUCUCACUGCGGGAGUUGAUCAGUGCCGGUAUGCAAUCGGAAGGGAGGAUCGAGAGAGGCAAGACAGGGUAUGGGGUGGCGACAGCAGUGGAGACAGGGAGCCAGGAAAGCAGGGGGAACCAAUUUAAGACUGAGGAGAGUAGGGAGGGUGGAGGGAGCCGGAUCAAUGUCUUCGUCCGUCUUAGACCAAUGGCAAAGAAGGAGAAGGAUGCUGGCUCACGGUGCUGUGUCAAGAUCGUGAACAGGAAAGAUGUUUACUUGACUGAGUUUGCAUCUGAGACAGAUUAUCUCCGUCUGAAGAGGGUCCGAGGACGACAUUUCUGCUUUGACGCCUCAUUUCCGGACUCAACUUCGCAGCAAGAAGUCUACACCACUACCACUUCAGAUCUUGUUGAAGGUGUUCUACAAGGGAGGAAUGGUUCAGUAUUCUGCUACGGUGCAACUGGAGCUGGUAAAACAUACACAAUGCUAGGAACAAUAGAGAAUCCUGGUGUGAUGGUUCUAGCUAUCAAGGAUCUCUUUUCCAAGAUUAGGCAGCGGAGUUACGAUGGGGAUCACUCUGUUCAGCUUUCUUACCUGGAAGUUUACAAUGAGACUGUUAGAGAUUUGUUAUCCCCUGGUAGACCACUUGUCUUGAGAGAAGAUAAACAGGGAAUUGUAGCUGCUGGCCUUACACAAUACAGAGCUUACACAACAGAUGAGGUAAUGUCAUUGCUUCAGCAAGGCAAUCAAAAUAGGACCACUGAACCAACUAGAGUCAAUGAAACAUCUUCGCGGUCUCAUGCAAUACUUCAGGUUGUUGCAGAAUACAAGUGCAAUGAUUCAGGUAGCAUCAUAAAACGUAUUGGGAAACUUUCACUAAUUGAUCUAGCUGGUUCAGAGAGGGCUCUCGCAACUGAUCAACGGACUCAGAGAUCCAUAGAAGGUGCAAACAUCAAUCGCUCCCUCCUUGCUUUAAGCAGUUGUAUCAAUGCCCUUGUGGAGGGAAAGAAGCACAUACCUUACCGGAAUUCAAAGCUCACCCAACUUCUCAAGGAUUCUUUAGGAGGGCCUUGCAACACUGUCAUGAUUGCCAAUAUAAGUCCUAGCAAUAUUUCUUUUGGUGAAACGCAGAAUACGCUUCAUUGGGCUGAUCGUGCCAAGGAGAUAAAAACAAAGGGAUGUGUGCCAGUUGAGGAACAUAUACAUGUGCCAGAUUCUGGAGUAGAUCAAGCUAAACUAGUACUAGAGUUGCAAAAAGAGAACAGUGAACUGCGGCAGCAAUUGGUUCGCCACCAGCAAAAGAUGCUGACCCUUCAAGCGCAAUCAUUGGCAGCUUCACCUGCCAAUGCACCAUCUUCUGUUCUCGUUACUCCAUGCUCAACCCAAAGAAAAGUCAAGCGAUCUAUCUUAUCUAACAACUGCUUCAACACACCAGAGAGCAAGAAAAGAGAGACAAAUAGCACAGUAGUCCAAGAACUACAGAAGACUGUUAAGGCUUUGAAGAGUGAGAUAGAGCAACUAAAGAAAGAGCAUAUUCUCCAGCUUAAGCAGAAAGAUGAUUUUAUUCGUGACUUGAUAACAAAGUAUGGUCUCGAAGGACAACGGGAGAAGAGAGUUGUCACAAGUUCAAAAGCCUGUAAAGGAAAGAGCUCUGUAACAUCGGAGAAGGAAUUGAAGAGCCCAAGUCAUCGUUUUGCUUCCCCUGUUCCCACUGCUAAAAAGCGAAGCUUCUGGGACAUAACCACUGGCAAUAGCCCUUCAAUUAUAGCCUUAAAUGGAAGGAAAACUAGAAGCCAUGUCGCUGCUGAGGCUCUUCCAACUCCCUCCAUGCUACUUCAGCCGGGUUUUGCACGACAAAGACCUGAUGUUUUGAAGAAUUUGUUGAAAUGAGGAUAGAAAGAUGCAGAAAAAGGUUAGAUAAUUUGAAUCUAAGGUGUUCACCCAUGCACUGGUUGAAUCGAAUUAUCAUCUUUGGGUGAUGUGAUGAACCAUUGUUUAUGAGGGACCUUGCUGAGGCUAGAGAAGGUUUACGAUCAUUGUUCCAUUGGGUGACACUCUAGUGGCUUAGUUAGCAGAGUUCGGAUGAUCCUCUCAGAAGCUCUUCUUUGGUUGUGUUUUGCUUGAUCAACUCUCUAAGUGAUCUAGUGAAGAUUCAUAGGUUUGAUCUGUUCAGAUGAGUUCAGAGAAGAGAAUCGUCUUCUCUACUCUCUUCUUUUAGUUAGUUAAAUAAUGAGCUCUUCUUUGGGGGUUUAUGGUGUUCUGGAGUGGUUCAGCUUGUCAUGUUAGUAUUUUCUUGUUGGCAUUUUGUUUUGUUUUGUUUUUUUUAUGUGCGGCACAUUUUUAUUGGAUGCCUCUAGUCAAGGAUAAGAGUGAUUGCAUAGUCU